AUGAAGUUAUUACAACAUAAAGUAUCUACCUCAAAUUGUGUAUGUAACUUCAGUAGAAGUUUACACACGACAUCAACAGCAUUGAAGCAACAGGCAAUAAGGACGUCUGAUCAACCUUUGGCUUUAGUUUCAAUUCCAUCUCCGUCAUCAACCACUGAGAUCACAAAAAGUUCCAAACCUAUUGCAAACGGAAAAAAAUUUUGGUUGCCAUUAGUUUCUGAGCGUAUAAACCCUAUAAAUAAACUUGAUAUAACCAUCGACGAUGAAAAUAAUAUUAAACUGAAUUCCCCGAUUACAUUAGAACAAGCUUGGAACUAUUUCUUUGCCACAAAACAAUCCCUUCAAUUGCCCGGAAAUAGAAAAGUGGAGAAAGUUAGACGACAGUGGUUUUCCAUGACCAACUUGAUGAGAGAAGACAUUAGAUCAACAUAUCAAGAGUUAUUGCAGAGUGGGAAAGAUCUUUGGAACAAACAACAUGUGGACCUUAAAUUAAUUUUAUCUGAAAACAUUUCAGUACUUACGGGGGUUAGAUUUAAGUUUAGGGAUGAUGGAAGUUGUAAAGCCAUUGUUGAGGAAGAAGUCAAUCUACACCAUGCUGAGAAGUAUUUCAAUCAGGUCACUGGUUGUGGCAAAGAUAUUGGUAACAACACUCGGCCCUCAUUUGAGUCUCUUUGCAAUGAAGAGAAGCUUGCAUAUAGAGACACAUAUCUUAAUUUGUUAUCUUCUGGGAGGGAUAUUUACAAUGGGAAGAUUAUACCCCUUACUGGAGCUCCAGCGCAGAAUGAUGACCACCCCUAUAUAGAACCUGAUCCAGAAGAAGCUAUUGAAAUCAAAAAAGUUAAGGUAUCUAAAGAUAUGGUGCGGGCCUUUUAUCGCAAACUCAAGGUUCAUCAUUAUUUGCCAGUCGCCGGCACCAUUCACAUAGCAGACACUGCAUAUAGUAUGGCUGCGCACCAGUUUUAUACGCUUUCCACGGAGCAGCGGGACUAUUAUAAACCAAUAUUCCUCGAUUGGUAUUCCAGAGUGAAAAAUAAGUCGAUGCUGUCAUCAGCAAAAGAGGGCACCAGGAGAAGCUUGAAUAUUCCCCCGAAUUCUGGAAGAGUAAUUGCACGACAGGCUAACUUUGGACAUGCCUUUCGGUAUUUUCGUUACCAAGCAUUGAGAAAGACAAAUGUCGAUGGUAGAGUGGCAUCAGCCACUCUUGAAUGGAAUAAGCUUUCUAGCGAAGAAAAGAACUGCUAUAGGUUGGUAUAUCAAAAGAUCUUGGAUUUGGGGUACUGCAUGCAUAACUCAAGACUUAUCCCCAUCCAAGAAAAAGAGUCAAUCGAGAAAAAGCGAAGGCGAAAUGUUCCAUUGACAAACGCAUAUUUGUACUACCGUUUGGAGAAGUUGCAUGUCAUUGGUCAAGAAGGAAAAGAAUGGAAAAAUCUAGAUGAGUCUGAGAAAAAUGCAUGUCUUGAGGAGCUCAAUCAAUUGGUUCAUGAAGGCAAAGGUGAAUGUUCCACACCGGAAAUAAUUUCGUUCAUAGUUAGUAUUAGACUGAGCUUAAUCUCGCAAGACGAAGGAAUCGUUCCGACACGUGAAAAUGUGUUCAUCUACUACGUCCUAAAAUUGCGAAGAGAGUUAUUGAACACAGAUUUGACGGUUCACGCAAUCAGGACAAUCGCUAAGAGGAAGUGGGACAAAAUGACGUUGCAAGACUUUGACAAACUUGACCGUGAGUAUAGAUCAAUAGUGCCAUGGUCGGCACUGCAAAGCACCUGGGAAGAGGAAGACCCUACUAUGUCACCAUUAUCACUACCUGCCUCACCUACCUUCUAUGGUGUAGCCACAACUCCAGUUGGACAAAUACAUCCGCGUGAAAACUCAUAUCCUAUUGCUGGUCAUCAUCCACCACCAGGCAUCGGAAUCAUGACACAUAAUUCAUCAGGUCAUGAUCAUUCUUCAAGUGUUGGGGAGUUGGAUAGUCCACCAACUAAACGUAUGACUAGAAAAAAAUUUCCGGAAGAAAUAACGAAUAUUUUACUUAAAUGGUUGAAUGAUCAUUUGAAUAAUCCUUAUCCGAACUUAUUUGAAAAGAGUCAAUUGACGAUGGCUACUGGGUUGAAUAAAAAACAAUUGGAUGCCUGGUUUUAUGUUGCUCGUAGAAAAAAGAAUAACCGUUUGAAAGCACAAAAGAAGUUGAACUUGGUUUAG